UAUAUUUGCUUUUAGCAGUAGGCGCUUCAAGUGUAAUACAGAGUGACUUGGAUUUAAAUUUCAAAAAUAAAUUAUAUAAUUAAAUAAAAUUACAAUGUGCUUGAAUGCGAACCAAAAGCCUUGUUGCGUCACAAUAGCUUUGCUUGCGAUUUUGGUCGGUAUUAUAGAGUUCUCUUACGACUGCAUUCAUUUAGCCUUAUAUGGGGUGAACAAAUGGUUGGUGGCAGCAUUGAUCGCAUGGAUUCCCAUUUUUAUUGCUGCUGUUUUUCUGAUUAUAGGGACACUCAGGGAAAUACCCAUUCUUUUGCUUAUUUGGGUAAUAGUGUCACUGAUUUGCGGAGUGGCUUUGAUAAUUAUAAAGAUCGGAUUGAUGAUAUACUUACCUAGGCUUGGUUUACACGUAGAUAUUGUGGUCGCCAUUUUGAAUGUCAUAUUUUUAUUGCUCGUCUUCGUUUGGGCCGCCUACCCAUAUGCAUACAUGCGUGAACUAAAGGGACAAAAAAUAAUUUAAAAUGAUCAUUUAUGGCAUUUGAUAAACAAACUAAUAAGUCAAAUUAUCUGCACCUAUUUUCAAAAAAAGGUAGUGCCAAAAGUUAGUCGUUCCAUUCUAGACUGAAGUGGAUUGGUGCGGAUGAGAUGGCGAUGCAGUAGUAUUUUUUACUCGGCUUUUACUGAAAAUCAACAAGCAGACUUUGCGAUAUUCCGACUAUGUUGCAUGACUUCGGUUUUUUAUUAAACAAAUAGCAGCCAGUGACCAGGGGAUGCGAAUUUGCAUAAAAUAACAGAGGCAAUAACAAUGGGUGACAACAAAUCAAAUGCAAAUGGUAAACCGACCGCAAAUAGAAAGUGAAAAUCAAAUACAAAACGCUACCGUUUAUUUCUGUGCUUUCGUAUCUCUGCAUUUUCUGGUCGAUUUUUUUUAUUUAUUUUGGGUCUUUUGUGUUUAUUUGUCGGGCGUCUAAUUUAAAUAAACAUUUGUUUGCACAAAGGCUUUAAUACGUUUGGCAAAUGACUUCCUGAAUUGUGUGCUGCAUAUAGCAGUGUACCAGCCCAACUGCUGGCUAUUCGAAUUGCAUAAUCGGUGAGACAAAUGCCGUGGAUUAUGAAAUCCUUCGCUCACAGCCUGCAAGCUUAGUUGAAAACACGAGCACACCGGAGACGCCACCGAGCUGUGCAACAACCUGUCGCACGUUUAAAGCGAUUAACGGCACGAUUUCAUCCGCUGCCUUGCAGCAGCAACAGCAACAGCACAGCAGCAACAUCGCAGCAGCAACAGCAGCAACAUUGCUGCAGCAACAGCAAGAAAAGCGCAGCAGCAACACGGUGGCAAGGUUCGAGCAAAAAAUUGAAAUUGAAAUGAUUUCGGCAGUGCCAACACUCUGUGGCCUGAAGUUGGGCCAACGAUACUCACCAGAGUUGGGGUAUUCCCAAUCUGAUAAUCCUUAUCGGAAUCUGUAAUGGUCGAAUGCAUACUAAGUCUUUUAGGUUAUAAUAUAAAAAUACAAAUUGAAAUUCAA